GCUCGAACCCAUACGUCUUCAACGGUUCACACUUACAAGUUACAUCUAAACCAACGAACACAAACACGCAGAGAAGCACGAGAGAGAGAGAGAGAUCACACUUUCCCUUGUUUCCUUAAACUCCGCAGUAUCAAACAAGCUCUCAUUUACUUUUCCCACAUCAAAGCUAAACACAGAGAGAGAGAGAGAGAGAGAGGCAAUGAAGGGACCGAAGACGCCGAUCCACGCGGUGGCGACAUGGGUUCGCAGGCAACCCCCAAAGGUCAAGGGGUUUCUGGGGGUGGUGUCGGCCAUGACAACGCUGGUGUUCCUGCGAAUGGUCGUCCACGACCACGACAACCUUUUCGUCGCAGCCGAGGCCGUUCACGCCCUCGGAAUCUCGGUUCUCAUCUACAAGCUCACCAAGGAGAAGACAUGCGCUGGGCUUUCACUCAAAUCACAGGACCUAACAGCUCUAUUUCUGGCGGUUAGACUCUACUGCAGUUUUGUUAUGGAAUUUGAUAUACACACACUACUUGAUUCAGCAACGUUGGCGACAACCCUUUGGGUUAUCUAUAUGAUACGUUUUAAUUUGAAGUCUAGUUACAUGGAAGAUAAAGACAACUUCAAGAUUUACUAUGUGGUGAUACCUUGUGCUGUGCUGUCAUUAGUAAUUCAUCCCACGACGCAUCACCAUAUCUUGAAUAGGAUUUCCUGGGCCUUCUGUGUUUAUCUUGAAGCUGUUUCAGUACUACCUCAGCUGCGGGUAAUGCAGAACACAAAGAUUGUUGAACCAUUCACCGCACAUUAUGUAUUUGCGCUGGGAGUUGCAAGGUUCUUGAGUUGUGCACAUUGGGUUCUCCAGGUAUUGGAUACUCGAGGCCGCUUACUUACAGCUUUGGGUUAUGGUUUGUGGCCUCCUAUGGUUCUCCUUUCCGAAAUUGUUCAGACUUUCAUUCUUGCAGAUUUUUGUUACUACUAUGUCAAAAGCGUUGUUGGUGGACAACUUGUUCUGCGUCUCCCCUCGGGAGUGGUGUAGGCUUGGGCGUCUUCCCUCAAGAUUGGUGUAGGCUCAGGCUUCUCCCCUCAAGAGUGGUGUAUGCUCGGGCGUCUCCCCUUGGGAGUGGUGUAAGCUCGGGAUGGUGCAAAUUUUUGGUAUAUAUCUAGUUCAGCAGAAUCAAUCUAACUCAGCAAUUGAACUUUGUAAUGUCAGUCGUAGUCUUAAAACAGUUGUUAGGAGGCUUAGAUCUUCUUGACAUGAUGCAUGCUUCAGGAUCUAUCCUCAUUGUUUUAAACCCAGUUAUUGGUACUGAGCAUGAACUUAAACAUAAAAAUAUCAGUUU